AUGGCAUAUCACAGAGGAUCGAGCAAUCCUAACUCUCUUCUCAACAACGAAGAUGUCCCAUCAACUCCGUCUUCCUCUACUUCAUCAUCACCAUUGGUAUCAACAUCUACAGUAUCAUCAAUUAUAACUGAUUUUUGUCAAAAAUUUAUAUUACCUCGAGCAAAAAUUGGUCAAGUAUCAUCCGAAGACGAUUUAUUUAAAUUUGCCAAACGAUAUUUGGAGCUUGUUGGUCUUGUUUUUUUCGUUUGGCUACUGGGUUAUUUUCAUUUCAGUGUCUCAUGGAUAUUACUUUUUGUUUUGGUUAAUUUAUUACGUCAAAGACAACGAAAUAUAUUUAAACAACGUCAACAAAUGUUAGAAGCUAUUAAUAGUGAUGAAAAUGAAAAAAACUAUAUUCGAAAACAUUUAGAAACUAUACCAUCAUGGGUAUUUUUUCCAGAAGUUGAACGUGCUGAAUGGGCAAAUAAAAUAAUUAAACAAGCUUGGCCUUAUUGUAAAGAUUUUUUAAAAAAGCAAAUAUUUGAUGGAGUAGUGACACCAUUAGUAAGAGGUACUAAUCCCGCACUGGCCGAUUUUGAUUUUAAAGAAUUAGAUUUAGGAGAUACUCCUCCUCGAAUUGAUAGUAUCAAAAUGUACACGGAUAAUAUAAGAGAUCAAAUUAUGAUGGACAUGGAAGUAUUAUAUGCGGGUGAUGCUGUAAUUAAAGCAAAAAUAAAACAAAUUGUUUGUGGUGUUAAAAAUAUUCAGUUUCGUGGUGAUCUACGUAUAAUUCUUAGUCCAUUGAUUCACGAUAUUCCAUUGGUUGGUGCUGUGACUUACUUCUUUUUAAAGACACCGAGUAUCGAUUUUAAUUUGACUGAUGCUGGCUCAUUGAUGGAUUUACCCGGUUUGAAUAAAACAAUGUUGAUUGUAAUAAAUGAUAUUGUUCGAGGAAUGAUGGUAUUACCAAAUCGUCAAGUAUUUCCACUAGUGACGAAUAUUCCAUUAGGACAUUUAAGAUGGUCAAGUCCACAGGGUGUUCUUCGAGUUUAUAUAAUCAAAGCUCGAGAUCUUAUAAAAGCGGAUAUUAAUUUUAUUGGACGAGGAAAAUCAGAUCCAUUUGUUAAAGUGACAGCUGGUGGUAAUUUUGAAUAUAAAACAAAAACUAUAAAUAAUUCAACAGAUCCAGAAUGGAAUGAAUUUGAAAGUGAUGAUGUUCGAUUUGAUGUGUUUGAUGAAGAUCCUGGGAAAGACGAUUUUAUUGGAGGCAUUAAUUUUCCCAUAAAAUCUGUUGUUGAAAAAUCAAGCGUUGAAACUUGGUUAACAUUAAAAGAAGUGAAACAAGGCAAGAUUUUUGUUCGAUUGCAAUAUUUUUCUUUAACAACAUCAAAAUUAGCAUUGGAAAAAAUAGAUGGUUUUAAUCGUCAUCAAUUAAAAGAAGAUAAGUUAUCCAAAGCAUUAUUAGUCCUUUACAUUGAUAAUUGUUCAAAUUUACCUUCAUCAAAAAAAAGUCGUCAUAAUCAAGAACCGAAUCCAUGGUGUGAAAUUGUUGUGGACAGUGUUAGAGAUAGAAGUCUUACAUUAGAACGUUCAACUAAUCUAAAAUUUGAACAUGUCUCACAUAUAUUAUUAACGCGUCCGAGUCAUCAAUCGCUACAGAUCAAUGUACGAGAUGCUAAAAAUAAUCAUGAUAUAUUGGGUUACGUUAAUUAUCCAAUUAGACAAUUGUAUGACAAAGAGGCUAUGACUGAAUCAGACGCAUUUCCAUUGGCAUCACAUACAGUACCAAUUGAAAAAUGUUCAAUUACAUUAAGAUUAUCCUUGUUUAUUUUAACACCUGGUCAAUCAAAUGAGCGUCUAACUCCACCACCUUCUACACCAUCUGGUAGUCAAAAAUCGUUUGACAUUUCUCCUACUAGCUCCUCUCAAAAGUCAAUUUUAACAGGUGGCGUUACUCAGAAUAUUAAUCAUAUUGAUCAAUCACCGAGAACAACUCCUGAUCGAACCAUUUUACCUCAAAGACCAUCACAACUAGUAUCAUCUUCGUCACAGGACAAUGAUCUUCAACAACAACAACAAAUCUCACCAAAAUCUAUCACAGAGGGACUGAAAUAUAAACUUCAGACCCCUGAACUUCAGCAUCAAAGUGGUUCAAAUUCGAAUUUAAGUUCUACGCUAUCGAAAACACCUAUGAAAGCAUUAUCGACCGACGAUGAUAUCGAUCAAUCUCCAUAUGGUCAUAUUCGUUUAGCGAUACGUUAUACGUUACAACGACGUUGUUUAACUGUUGUUGUAUUCGAUUGCAAUGUUCAUAAUCAGCAUUUACCAGAUCCAUAUAUUCGUCUAUUUCUAUUACCUAAUCAUAAAAAAGACAAGAAGAAAACAAAAUCUGUGCAUGAUAAUCUCAAUCCAUCUUAUGAAGAAUCAUUCGAAUGGAAUGGUUCAUUAAACGAAAUUCAAAGACAAAAAUUACAAAUAAGUGUUAAAAAUAAUUCGCCAUUAUUUGGCAAAGAACAAACGUAUAUGGGAGAACUUCAGAUUGAUUUAUCGAAUCUUGAUCCUCAACGUAUAUCUCAUGCAUGGUACCCAUUACAAGAGCCAAAAACCUCAGGGGCUGCUCCGUUAUCUUUAAAAUAUCAAUCAUCCCAACAAAGUAAUGAUUCAAUAGAUCAAAAUACUUUCUCGUCGUUCACACCUUAA